AUGGCUCAAGUGUUGCUGGGCUGCGAGGCCGUGGCUGACGAGGACAUGCGCGAAAGCACCGAAAUCCUCAAGAUGGAGGUUGAAAUUCAAGUCGGUGACGAUCAUCGCCCGACGCUCGAAUCUCUUCAGCGAGUGGUCGAAACUAUCCAUGCGAUGCUCGUGAGCCAGUAA